GAAGGCAAGGAAGAUGGCACCAUGAAGGACCCCACCGACGGCUGAGAACCUGCCAGGGUCUAAGUAGCACACGUCAUUUACGCCAUAAAUCACCCCAGAGAAAAAUAAAGGACGCGCAUGCAUGCGUCAUCGUCUGCGUUCACAUUGAAAAUUCUGCCGAGGCUGAAAGUAAUUGGAGGAACCAACACCCUUGGUAAAUAGGUUGGGGCAAAUAAGCAGUUUAUUAAUUUUCAGCUUGAUUGGCUGUGAAUUUUUUUCGUGCUUCCGGCAUCUCACAUAGCAAGAUUUCUGGCAUGGAAGUGGUGGCUUCGAUUGUUGGUGGACUAGUUGUAGAAACUGGCCGGCUUUUCUUUGGCUGUAUCCAUUCUACGACCAACACUAUCAAAGUCAGAUCAAACCUCGAUGCUUUGGAGAAGGGGACGAGAUCCCUUAGGACUCUACAAGAAGAACUCAUAAAUCAAUCGGAAUUAGCUAUGAGAAAAGGAAAAGUGCCAGAUACUCCAGUUACGGAAUGGAUUAAGACGGUUGAGGAGUUUUUGCCUAAAGUCCAUCAGAUUCAAGCUGUAAAUCUUCCUCGACAUUCCUUGAAUUGCAGUAAGCGGAAUAAAAUAAGCAAGAAAGUGGUAGAAAUGCUCAAAGAGAUAGAAAGGCUUAUACUAGCUGGAGGAUCCCACCUUGGUAAAGUUGCUGUCAGUUGUUCAGCACCCACAGUAGUGGAGCAUAUUCCUGGACCUCCAAUUCGAGAUCAAACGAUGGCAUCUACAAUGUUAGCCAAAACUAUGACUCUGUUGUCUGAUGAUGGGAUCGGGAGAAUUGGGGUUUGGGGAAUGGGUGGGAUAGGGAAGACUACUCUGGUAAGAAAUUUGAACAAUGAGCUCAAGAAUACUUCGAUGCAGCCUUUCAGCAUCGUGAUAUGGAUCACGGUUUCCAGGAACUCGGACGUAUCAAAGGUCCAAAGAGAAAUAGCUGCGAGAUUGAAUUUGGGGGCUAGAAUGGGAGAAAGCCUGGAGAGAAUGGCUAUCCAACUUCAUCACAGGCUUGAGGAGGAGAAAUUUCUUCUCAUUCUAGAUGACGUUUGGGAGAAAAUUGACUUGGACAGUUUGGGCAUCCCACAGCCUGAAGUUCAAAAGGGUUCUAAGAUCAUAUUGACUUCUCGAUUUUUGGAUGUUUGUAGGUAUAUGAUGACAGAUGUGGAACUUAAAGUGGAUUGUUUAGGCGAUGAAGAAGCUUGGCAAUUGUUUACUCGACAUGCAGGGAAUGUGGUUAGUCUGGAACAUAUUAGACCAUUCGCAGAAGUAAUUACUAGAGAAUGUUGCGGAUUACCUCUAGCCAUCAUCAUUGUGGGAGCUGCCAUGAGAGGAAAGACAAUGGUCCAGCUGUGGGAGCAUGCCUUGUACGAGUUGCAAAGAUCAGUGCCUUGUACAGGAAGCGUGGAGGACAAGGUCUAUAAGCCUUUGAAGUGGAGUUACGACUCAUUAGAAGGUAAAAACAAAAAACCUUGUUUCCUGUAUUGCGCUUUGUUUCCCGAAGACUUCUCAAUUGAGAUAAGUGAACUAGUAUGGUGUUGGCGUGCGGAAGGUUUGAUUGAUGAACAAGAAAACUAUGAGGAUUCAUUCAAUAGAGGAAUUUCCUUGAUUGAAAAUCUCAAGGAUUCUUGUUUGUUGGAAGAUGGUGCCCGUCAGGGCACUGUGAAGAUGCAUGACGUUGUUCGUGAUGUUGCUAUAUGGAUUUCAUCCUCGUCUGAGGAUGGAUGUAAAUCCCUUGUGCGUUCAGGGAUUAGCUUGAGCGAGAUCUCAGCUUUUGAGCUAUCGAAUUCUCUCAAAAGAGUUUCUUUCAUGAAGAACAAGAUAAUAAGGCUACCUGAUUGUGUGCUACAAUGUUCAGGGGCCUCAACUUUGCUACUACAAGGUAAUCCUCCCCUUGAUAGAAUUCCUGAGAGAUUCCUGCAAGGAUUUGAAGCACUCAGAGUCCUGAAUAUGAGUGGAACUCGCAUUCAGUCAUUGCCUCUCUCUCUACUUCAACUUGGUGACCUACGUGCUCUCAUUUUGAGGGAUUGCUUCUUCCUUGAAGAACUACCCUCACUGGAAGGGCUUAGUAGACUUGAAGUGCUAGAUCUCUCUGCCACCCCUAUCGGAGAAUUGCCAGGAGGGACUGGAAACUUGAGCAACUUGAGGCAACUAAACUUAUGCCGUACUCGCCUUCUCAAAACCAUUCAAGCUGGAAUUUUAUCCAAGUUGUCUUGUUUAGAGGUUCUGGAUAUGACACUCAGUGGUUACCAAUUGAGAGUGAAGAGAGUCUCAGAAAUGGAGCAGGCAUCUUUUGAAGAGCUGGGAUGCCUUGAGCGAUUGCUGGCUUUAUGCAUCAGAUUGAAGAGGAUACCUUGUCCCGACUCUGAAGAUCUUUCCUGGAUAAAUAGAUUAAAAAGAUUCCAACUUUUCAUCGGCCCAGAAGCCAUCUCCUUAAAGAGUAGGCAUGACACAAGGAUGGUAACUAUCGGCGGUCUUGAUCUUUCUGGAGAACGGAUUGGGUGGCUGUUGGGUAAUGCAAGUUCGCUUGUCUUAUUUACUUGUUGGGGAUUGAAUGAAAUGCUAAAAGACUUGGUGAUCAACAAUGUUGGCAGCUUUGCUGGUUUAAAAUCACUUACUAUUGCAAGGUCUGACAGCAGUUUUGCAAAACGAGGAGGAGGACAUGCGGUCCGUUGUGACCUACUACCAAAUUUGGAGGAACUUCAUCUCGAGCAGCUGACUUGCAUAGAAAGCAUUUCUGAACUUGUUGAGCAUCUCGGGCUGAGAUUUCUUAGACUAAAAUUAAUGGAAGUAACCCGAUGUAAGCAAAUGAAAGAUCUUCUCUGUUGUGGUUUCUCCAUUAUCACCCUGCCAAGACUAGAAGUAAUCAAGAUAAGCUACUGUCCCGAGUUUGAAGCGCUCUUUAACUGUCAUGCAAUGCAGGGUACGACUCCAGAUACUGUUGUUCCAAACUUACGGAAACUGAAAUUGGAGGAUGUUCCCAAAUUAAGGACUCUUUGCAGAGACCAAGAGACAUGGCCGCGUCUAGAGCAGGCUGAGUUUAUCAAUUGUAAUCGUCUUAGGAAGCUGCCUCUUACUGAAAAAAAUGCAGAUAACAUACAAGAAAUUAGAGGAGAAACAGAAUGGUGGGACGCAUUGAUGUGGGAUACCGAUUCAACGAAAUCAAGUCUGCAGCCUUAUUUUCAUCCAGCUGAGCCCCGGGUAAGUACGUGUCAGACCCGGUCUAAUUUUAAGAGAGAAUAGCCCAGAGAAGAAGAUGGCGUACGUAGGGCAACUAAACUCAUCCUAAAAAGCAUUGAAGCUGGGAUUGUAUCCAGCCAGGUCGGUGGAUAUGUAACGCAGAAGUUAAGUUAGCAGUUGAGGAACAGAAAUCAUUUGGAAGAGCUCCUAUGCACGACCCGCUGUUGUCUCCCAACACCUGGCUUUUAUAGAUAGCAUUUCACUCAGAAACAGAGAGCAUUGGUAUUUACUUUAUCAAAAGCUUAGCCAAAUAUAAAAUAUGAUAAAUGUUAUCAAAAGAAAGCUUCAAUGAAUUAGCCAAAAAGAUAAGUGCAAAGUUUUGAGUCACAUUCGUUUCUUCAAAUUUGAAGGGUUAAUGUUCACCUAUCAAAUCUAUUG